AGAUGGCGCUUGCUUAUCGCUUGGCCUCCUCCCAGGGGGGUGAAGGCUGCCAUGUGCGAGUGAGGAGAGCCAGGGCCCUGCGGCCACCCCCCCGGUCCCCCGGGAGCCGUCACCUGUCCCAGCCUGUCCUCCUCUCACGCGCUUAUAUGGGCACGGCUGAAUGGCAUCUCGUGACGCCGCGCUGCUAAAAACAGCCCCGGCUCCCCUCGGCACCCCGUUUAAACAAUGUCCUCCAGUGAGCACAGCCCAGAGAGCCUCUGAUCGCAGCGGAGCCUUGGAUUUAUUUCAAGGGAAAUUAACCCGGAAACCGACCUGCGACGCCGUGAUCUGGAGCGUAUGCCCCUGGAAAAGCUAGGCAUGAGCACCUCCCUGAACUACAAGUCCUUCUCCAAAGAGCAGCAGACCAUGGAUAACCUGGAGAAGCAGCUGAUUUGCCCCAUCUGUUUGGAGAUGUUCACCAAGCCGGUGGUCAUCCUGCCCUGCCAGCACAACCUGUGUAGGAAGUGCGCCAGCGACAUUUUCCAGGCCUCGAACCCCUACCUGCCCACCAGGGGAGGCACGACCGUGGCUUCGGGAGGCCGGUUUCGCUGCCCCUCAUGCAGGCAUGAAGUGGUCCUUGACCGGCACGGCGUGUACGGGCUGCAGAGGAACCUGCUGGUGGAGAACAUCAUCGACAUAUACAAGCAGGAGUCCACAAGGCCUGAAAGGAAAUGUGACCAGCCAAUGUGUGAAGAGCAUGAAGAUGAGAGAAUUAAUAUCUAUUGUUUGAACUGUGAAAUGCCCACCUGCUCCUUGUGCAAAGUCUUUGGUGCCCACAAAGACUGCCAGGUUGCUCCUCUCACAAACGUUUACCAGAGACAGAAGUCCGAGCUGAGUGACGGCAUCGCAGUCCUGGUGGGGAGCAACGACAGAGUGCAAGGGAUAGUCUCGCAGCUGGAGGAGACCUGCAAGACAGUUGAGGAAUGCUGCAGACGACAGAAAGAACAGCUGUGUGAAAAAUUUGAUUAUCUCUAUUCUGUACUGGAAGAAAGAAAAAACGAGAUGACACAAAUAAUCACUAGAACCCAAGAGGAGAAACUGGAACACGUCCGCUCCCUGAUGAAGAAGUAUGCGGAUCAUUUGGAAGCUGUGUCAAAGCUGGUGGAAUCAGGAAUCCAGUUCAUGGAAGAACCAGAAAUGGCUGUGUUUUUGCAGAAUGCCAAAACAUUGCUACAAAAAAUUACUGAAGCAUCUAAAGGAUUUCAAAUGGAAAAAAUAGAGGAUGGGUAUGAAAAUAUGAACCAGUUCACUGUGAACCUCAGUAGAGAAGAAAAGAUAAUAAGAGAAAUUGAUUUUGACAGAGAGGAGGAGGUGGAAGAGGAAGAGGAGGAGACAGUGGAUGGGGAAGAUUUGGAUGAAGUCCACACAGAGUCAUCAGGAGAGGAAGAAGAGGAAGAGGAGAAGGAGGAGGAGGAAGGGGCUGAGAGAGCAUCACAGCCGCCUCAGCAGGACCCUGAACCACAGAGUGCAGCAGGCGAGCCCCCAGCCGAACCUGCCCCAGCACCACAGCUUGCCCCCCCAGCUGGCCAGGAUGAGGUUGUGACACCAAGUGGCUCUCAACAGACUGCAGAGUCUGACAGUCCAGUGCCACCCGCGGCAGAAACCGUCGACCCCUUGUUUUACCCUAGCUGGUAUAAGGCUCAGCCGCGGCAAGCAAGCAGCCCGAGCUCAACCCCCGGGAGCGGGCUGGGGAAAGUAGGGGCUCCCGUUUCUCUGGAAACAAGUGCAAAGAAGGCAGAAGCCCCGGAAGCGGCAGCAGUGGAGGAGAGCGCGCCGGGGAGCGGUAAGGAAAGUAAUGCCACUGCAGCGACAUCCAAGACUGGCUCUGAACCGUCCCCUCAAGGACGAGCGGAGGAAACUCCCGUGAGCAAUGAGAGGGGUGGCGAGCCGGCUCGUCAUGUCUUCUCCUUCUCCUGGUUGAACUCACUGAAUGAAUGAUGACUCACUCCGGCUGGCUUCUGGUGUGCUCCUCGGAAGGACCGCAAGCGCAGGCAGCCUGGCUGGAAUCGACAAAGAAGCUGGCCUGGAAAGGGACAUCCGAGCAGGUUUCGUUCCCGGGAACUCAGUUGACCUCCACAUCGUGCCCGGCCCUUGAGACGACAGAGUCGCGACAGGGGUGGGAGCGUGGGGACAAAUUGCUGUACUUCAGUGUAUCAGAGUGUUUUCCAGUUUCUGGUUUCCAAGGGAAAAGCAGCAUCGCUACAGCUGCAGGAUGAGCACUGCUACUGUUUUGUUAGUCACUCACUUUUUGGCACGUCCCCGUGUAGGUGUAACUGCUUCACUGAUGUUAGCUAAAACGCUGCUGUGAUGUUCACCAGGAGCAUCCUGUGCCAGCCCAGCAUUUCCCCUCGGUACCCUCCCGUGUCCAGCCUGUGGGGUGACCUCGGUGCCACUGCCACCCCCUUGGCACCCCAAAGUCACAUCUGGGUUACAUUUGGGCACCACCUGUGGUCCCCGGUCCCCGAGAUGCAUCAGCACAUCCCAUGCUGCAGAGGCCGAGCACAGGAGGGGUGAGGGAAGCCGCUGCUUCUUCCUUCUCCCCUUGCACUCACUUUUCCUGCCAAGCCGCAGCGGGUGAUGCUCACCUGCACAGAUUUCGGGCGGGGAGGGACGAGGAAGGUGUGUGCGCGUCAGGCACCCAUGCGGGACAGCUCUGAGCGUGUGGGGCCGAUGCUAGGGAGCGCCUCGGGUGCGGUGAGGUGGCGCAGAGCUGUGCCUUCAGGUUUUCACUCGAAGGCCCCACGGCACGCCGUGGGAAGGGCGAACGCCGGCCUGCAGGGCAGGAGAGGAGCCGUGCGGCCAAACCAGGUUCCACGCACGGGAGACCUGCGCUGAAGGUGACACCGUGCCUUUUGUCACCCAGCUCUCGGCAGCCCUUAAGGGACACCGGGCGGCUGCCGGGGGGACCGAGCGCCGCAGGGACCAGGCGUCGGGCUCCGGGCAGGGACGGAAGGAGCCGAGCCCGGCCCCGGGCUCGCAGCGCCCCGCAGGGGGGGCACCGUCGGGGACGGGGCUGAGCAGCCCCCGGGGGGCACGGGGGAGCCUGGCGGGGCCACCCCCGGUCCCUGCCUCUUUGGGACUGCAGCCCUGCUUUGUGGCCGUUUCCCCCCAAAAUGCCCCGUGAGGUCCGGGCAGGGCCACGGGGACCGGGGCCGUUUGCAGCUGCUGGGGGGUGCUAAUUGCAAUUAAUCGUAAUUAGGGCUAAAGCAGAGCCCGUGCGGGACCACGCUCCGCUCUGCUCCCCUCGCACCCCGCACGGCGGGGGCGGCUUUGGGGCUCGCCCCGGGGUGCCUAGGCAAGAAAGUCUAGCCAGCCAUGGUU